CGUCAUUUCCGCCGUUGCUCGCUGUGUGCGUUUUUUCGUGCAAAGAUGGCGUCCGUGCAGUUAACGGAUGAGGAGCUUUUCUCUGAAUUAAAACGACUCGGAUUCAUCCCGGGCCCAGUGACGGAGAGCACGCGGCCCGUGUACCUGAAGAAACUGAAAAAACUGCGGGAGGAGCAGCCACAGCAGCGGGGAUCCAGGGGCGGGAAAGGGCGCAACAGCAGCGGGAGUAUCAACAACAACAACGACGGCAGCAGCAACAGUAACGCCGCGGCGCGAGCUCCGGGAUCCAGCGCCAGGCCACCGGGCAGUGACGUCACGCGCCUGAGCGCCAGCCGGAGCGCCGGUGGUCGACCGACGCCAAGCGAAAAGCGCAGCGGUGCAGACAGAACAGGAAAGAUCGUGCUGGGCUUCAGCUCGGACGAGUCGGACGCGGAGGCGCCGCAGAAAAAAGCAGGCCUGAAUCACAGCAGCGGCAGCAGGCGAGACCGAGGAUCCGCGUCGCAGACUCCCAUCAGGCCGGCGGAAACACCCGCUAUUCGCAGGAGCGACCAUCGGUUAAUCGGUUAUAACUCCCUCGGUUUAUCCGUGGACAGAAAAGGCAUAUCUAGGUCUCCGUGGUGGGCAGACCGGAGUAAAUCCAGCCUAGGGGCGGAGGAACGAGAUCGCGGCGAAGACGAGGAUUUGGAGGAAACGGAGAGAGACAGUCGGGCUGUAAACGGGAAUAAGGCGUUUUAUGGGUCGAAUAGUAGCCAGUUAGCUCGGGAUUACUCCGACACAGACGACGAGGAGGAGGAAGAGGAUCGAGACCGUCCUCGCGAGCGCCGCCUGACUUCCAGACACAGUCCGCCGAAACCAGCCUAUUUGUCCCCGUUCCGGAGCGUCUGGGACUCGGAGAAGACGGCGCAUGAUACCCCAGACUUCAGAGGUCUAGACAUGGUGGGGGAACGGAGGGAAGACGAUGACAAGGAACCAAGGGCGCUCAGUGGAGGCUUCCUGAGCCGCUAUCAGCCUAAGCGGCCUGGUUUGUUCACCGGUACCGACGGGGAUGACAGUAAUAAGAACCACCUCGACAACGGAGAUGGCGAGUCCGCUAGCAGCAGCAGCAGCAGCAGCACUCGGUUCAGUAUCGGGCUUAGACCGCGGUUCUCCUCCUACACCGGUCUGUCUGCCACUUACCUAGCGAACCACUCCAACCACACCGGUUUGAAUCACUCCUACAGCCAUGCCUCAUCCUUCAAGUCCAAACAGCACACAGCGACUGUGCCGGAGGACGAGCUCCUGCAGCAGUUUAAAAGAGAAGAGGAGGUGUCUGCCACCGGGGGCUUCAGCGCUCACUACCUGUCCAUGAUCCUCCUGACAGCCGCAUGUCUGUUCUUCGUGGUGCUGGGCCUCAUGUACCUGCGGAUGCGGGGCUCCAACACCUCAGAGGCGGGUGCAGUCAUCAAGAAACACCCGUUCGGACCAGAGUUUGAUGAAGCAUAUGACAUCAAAGAUCGAGAACUCAUUCUCAACCUUCUGCUGUCUCUACAUGAACACCUGGCUAAUGUUGCAGGAGAACAUGAUUGUAGGGACCAUAACAAUCCUUUAAACAGAAGUGUCUCCUUCAAUGAUGCCUCUGAGUACCUCAAGCUCCAAAACAAAGAUUAUGAAAGCUGGAUGGCAACAUCUUUAGAAUGGAUCAUGAAAACCAAAGAAGUUUUCGGGAUAAAGUUCAUUGGUGAUGACCCUAAACAACCUGUAGAGGACGUAUCGGAAAUCUUACGGCUAGAGUCCAUCCACCCCCGUAUGUCCUUCUUCUGCCGCUUCAAACGGGCCUUCUUAAUUGUGAUCUUCAGAGUUCUCCUCAUCCUCGCAGGCAUCGGUGUAGUUUGGGGCUUGGUGUAUUAUAUGAAAUAUAGAUGGCGCAGAGAAGAAGAGGAAACAAGGCAGAUGUAUGACAUGGUGGAGAGAAUCAUUGAUGUCAUGAGGAGCCAUAACGAGGCCUGUCAGGAGAAUAAGGACCUACAGCCAUACCUGCCCAUUCCUCAUGUCCGUGACUCUCUUGUCCAGCCUCAGGACAGAAAGAAGAUGAAAAAAGUGUGGGACAGAGCGGUCAAGUUCCUCUCAGCCAACGAGUCUCGCAUCCGGACAGAAACACAGAGGAUUGGAGGGGCAGACUUCACUGUGUGGAGGUGGCUUCAGCCCUCAAUGUCACCUGAUAAGAUGUCCAGCAUGCCCUCAAAAGUGUGGCAAGGCAAAGCAUUUCCUUUGGACAGAAGAAAUUCACCACCAAACAGCUUAACGCCAUGCUUGAAGAUUCGCAACAUGUUUGACCCAGUAAUGGAAGUGGGGGAAAACUGGCACCUCGCCAUUCAGGAAGCCAUUUUGGAGAAGUGCAGUGAUAAUGAUGGAAUCGUUCACAUAGCCGUCGACAAAAAUUCUAGAGAGGGCUGCGUUUAUGUGAAGUGCCUUUCAGCAGAGCAUUCUGGAAAAGCUUUCAAAGCGCUUCAUGGCUCCUGGUUUGAUGGUAAGCUGGUUACCGUGAAGUAUUUGCGUUUGGAUCGCUACCACCAGCGUUUCCCACAAGCCCUGGGCUGCAACACAACACUGAAGCCCUCCAGCUCCAGCAUGAACAGCAUGUCGCGCCUGAACCAGCGAUCCAGCACGUCCAGCUCGCUUGGUUUGUCUUGAGGGACAUGUUAACUGCCACCACCAUCUUCUCUGCUCUCUCUUUUGCUGUAUAUGAAGCUCCUUUCUCCUGUAUCCUCCUUACCAGUGAGAAGUUGAGGAACUUUGACAGUUGGGCAACCUGAUGACACCCAAUCAACUCCUGUCAGCCAUAUGCAAGCAAUGGUGUUUAAACCUGUGAGCUGCUGUGUUUUUCUUCAUUUCUUGUCCUUUUGUGUCAAGCAAAGCAAGGGAGAUGCACACACUGGUGUGGACUUGGACUUGGUCCUUUAAAAACUUUGUUUUGGAGAGUUGGAUACCACAAUCCUCUUUCCUUCCCAUAACGGGUGCAAGUGGACACAAAUUUCUGUUUAUUGUAUUUUUUUUUUUUUAUAGAUAUACCGUCUUCAUGGAUUUAACAAGGAAACAAAAUGGCUUCCAACUCUAUUCAGAUUUAAAUACAUGAAUGAGAGUGAACAAACAGUUGUCAUUUUUGCCCUCCGCUUUUUUACACAACUAACUCCCCUCCUUUAUUUUAAGGAGCUCUGUUGGGCUAUACAUAGCUGCAUGUGCUGGUAAAAGUAUGCCUAUAUUUAAGCUUUGAAUUGUAACAUAUAUUGUGGAUGUUUAUUUGUCUAAGGAUGUUUUAGCUGAUGUAUUCCCUUUAUUUCUUUCUCUUUUUUGCCGCCUCUUCCUUUUUUGUAGUUUUUAGUCCGAGAACGGCAUGCACGCACUCCAGAAACGGGUGCUGUAAAUAUUUCAUUGAAUGGUGGUGGUUGGAAUCAUCUGUCUAAAAUUCAAAUCGUCAUAAGCUCUCAUUCGUUUCUUGCCAGCAGAGUAACUACACUGAUAUUGCUGCAUUCAGAGAUGUGUCAUAUGGAGUCAUAUUGGGGUCAUCGUGGCUUUGCAAGAGAAAUGAACAACGGUUCUGAUCCCUUUCAAUGCCAUGUUUCUGAACACUAGUCUCAGUUGUCACAGCCUGAUUAUAUUAAAGUAUAGAAUUAUUUACUGUUUUGUUUAUAUUUUGAAUGAUACGCUUUUCCCAUUAUAAUUGGUGCAGAUUGAUAUUAACAUUUUUCCUCACCCAUCUCCAUUGGAAAUUUUAAUGCCACGCUGUUACUGUUUUUAAUCUGUCCCUCACCUCUUCUAAAAUUCCAAAGGAGACAUUUUUGAUAGAAGUUGGUUGCAGAUUUUCUUGUACACAUUUGUGCUGCAGUUACAGCCUAUUAACGAAGAUCUGACGAUCUGUUCUGAUCCUAUUUUGUAUCGGGACACAUUCAUAAACAGCAUGUCAUGCUGCUUUCAUGUCUGAUUUGGAUAACAAAAAUGUGUCCGCUUUUGUUUAGAUGCAGUUGGGGUUGAUAUGAGGUAAAUAAAAUGUACUUGUUUAUUAAUGUU